UACCUGUCUUGUCCUAUCCUAACCCCCCUCUUUACCCCUCUUUCCUUUCCCCACGAUUUCCAAUUACUACUUCCCCUCCUCCCCCCUCCCCGGGUCUCCUCCCCUCCUUUCCUAAGGUACCUGGUCCUCUCCUACCUAACCCACUCUUUCUCUGCUCUCCAAGUCCCAACCAAUCCUUGAGCCCCGGGUUCCAAGCCGCAAAGGCUCAAACCCCGACAGAAGAAUGGCACUUUCCCUGACCUGCUCACCGUAAUGUGACCGUACCACCACCCAACCCCACCCGUCAUUCUUUUUAUCAAACAAAAGCUCCCCCCGCCCCCAACCCUUCCUAACCUGCCCCUCCCCUCCUCAUCCCUCUGACCCCAUUUUCUUUUCUCUUUCUACAUCUCUCCUCACAUAUCUCUCACUCACGCUACCUUAAUACCUCAGAGCAGCAUACCUCGCUCCUUCCAAAGAGUCAGCAUUUCAAAGAUGGUUAAAGCAGCUGUGCUCGGCGCAUCUGGUGGCAUUGGCCAGCCCUUGUCUCUCCUGUUGAAGACUUCUCCGCUGGUUGACGAACUCGCCCUGUACGAUGUUGUUAACACUCCGGGUGUCGCUGCCGAUCUGUCCCACAUCUCUUCUGUUGCUAAAAUCACUGGCUAUUUGCCGAAGGAUGAUGGCCUGAAGCAUGCCCUAACUGGAGCUGAUAUCGUUGUCAUCCCCGCUGGAAUUCCGCGCAAGCCUGGAAUGACCCGGGAUGAUCUUUUUAAGAUUAACGCUGGUAUUGUGCGCGACCUUGUCAAGGGCAUUGCCGAGUUUUCCCCCAAGGCGUUCAUUCUGAUCAUCUCUAACCCCGUCAACUCAACGGUUCCCAUUGCCGCAGAGGUACUCAAGGCCGCUGGCGUCUUUGACCCCAAGCGCCUCUUCGGUGUGACUACCCUGGAUGUUGUACGCGCGGAGACUUUUACCCAAGAAUUUUCGCGCCAGAAGAACCCAUCUGCUACCAAGAUCCCAGUUGUGGGUGGCCACUCUGGUGAAACCAUUGUCCCUCUGUUCAGCAAGGCUACGCCCGCCUUCCAGAUCCCAUCAGACAAGUAUGAUGCCUUGGUUAAUCGUGUUCAAUUUGGUGGGGAUGAGGUUGUCAAGGCUAAGGAUGGCGCUGGAUCUGCGACUCUCUCUAUGGCUUUUGCUGGUUUCAGAUUUGCCGAGAGUGUGAUAAAGGCUUCCCAGGGCCAGACAGGCAUUGUCGAGCCCACAUUUGUGUAUUUGCCUGGAGUUGCCGGCGGUGACGAGCUUGUCAAGGCUACGGGCGUCGAGUUUUUCUCUACUCUUGUGGCUCUUGGGGCGAAUGGAGCAGAGGAGGCUUUUAAUGUCUUGGAUGGAAUCACCGACCAGGAGAAGAAGCUUCUUGAGGCUUGCAACAAGGGUCUGAAAGGCAACAUCGAAAAAGGCAUCGACUUCAUCAAGAAUCCUCCACCAAAGUAAAUUUGUCCAUCCCCGCGCAUCAUUUACAAGUUUUCCAUCCGCUAGUCGAUGUUUUGUUGAUACCGUACACUUGUCUUCUCCCUGAGAGGCACCUCUCGGUUGAUUCGCUCGUCGUUCACGGACAAGGUAAUGGAUAGAGUAUCGCUGAUCGUUGUCAUUCCUUGAAGAUAGGCUCUGAAGGAAGAAGUAGAGGACAAAUUGACACAGCAGUCGUGGAAGCUGUUCAAACUAGUAGCAUGACUUUGGGGUACGAGAAAUGUGCAUCAUACAAUUAAGCAUCAUGUAUAUCUGUGCCUCAGCUUUCACUUUGGUAGCAUGCGGUAGUCGGUUGAUCUGUAGGUUAAUGGUCGC